AUGAGUCCGCACGCACAACUCGUGCAUCGGCGCGCUGUGGACGUCGAGAAGAACGCCCAAGUCAGCGAUGACUUGGCCGAAGACGACAAGCAGCGCCGCCGCAAGUCCCCUAGCCUGUUCCGCGUGCUGGCCGCACUCGCGCUUGUCGGCGUCACAGCCUUCUACUACACGGCCAGCCGCGCGUGGCCGUGGGAUCCCCAGCCGCCGAGUGACCUCCCGCCGUUCAUCCGCGAGGGCAUCAAGCAGUGCGAGAUUAUCGGCCGCCCGCCGCCCAACCCGGCGCCAGCGACGCGCGAGCGCACCACCUCGGACCGCUUCGUCCCCGGCACGGGUGCGGUGUGGCUGAAGAACGCGACCGUGUGGACGGGCAACAACAAGGGUCACGAGGUGCUCUAUGAAGUGGAUGUGCUCCUUGACGGUGGUGUGAUUCGCCGCAUUGGAUCGAGCGAGGACGUGCGCGACGAGGCCAUCGACGCAGACGAGGUCGAUCUCAACGGCGCGUGGCUCACCCCCGGCCUCGUGGACGUACACUCGCACAUUGGCGUAGAGGCAGCUCCUGCCCUCAAUGGUGGUCAGGAUGGAAACAGCAUCAAGGGCUCUGUCCGCCCGUUCCUCCGCUCCCUCGACGGUUUCAACACGCACGACGCGUCGUUCAACCUCUCCAUCGCGGGAGGCAUCACGACCAUGCUUGUGCUCCCCGGGUCCGCUGGCAACAUUGGAGGGCAAGCGUUCACAUUCAAGCCUCGCUGGACGGCUGAAAACACGCCUGCGAGCAUGCAGGUCGAGCCACCGUUCCGCAUCGAAAACGGCAGCUGGGAGCGUACCCGCGCUUGGCGGCACAUCAAGCACGCGUGUGGUGAGAACCCGGCGCGAGUGUACGGCAAUGUUCGAAUGGAGUCGGCUUACGCCUUCCGUGAGGCAUACACGAAUGGCAAGGCGCUCAAGGAUAUCCAGGACGCGUGGUGCGAGGACCCGCGCGCGCAGUCCACCCCGUUCCCCCAGGACCUGGAGUGGGAGGCGCUCGCCGACGUACUCCGUGGCAACGUCAAGGUCAACGUGCACUGCUACGAGACGGUGGAUAUUGACGACUUUGUGCGCAUCACCAACGAGUUUCAGUUCCCCGUCGCGGCGUUCCACCACGCGCACGAGGCAUACCUCGUCCCAGGGGUCAUCAAGCAGGCGUACGGGCCCGAGCCGCCCGCCGUGGCCAUCUUUGCAAACUUUGCGCGGUACAAGCGCGAGGCGUACCGCCUGAGCCCGUACGCUGCCAAGGUGCUCAACGACGCGGGGAUCAAGGUGUCCUUCAAGAGCGACCACCCCGCCAUUGACAGCCGGUAUCUUGUCUUCGAGGCGCAGCAAGGGCACGCUUUCGGACUGCCCUGGGCCGAGGCGCUCGCGUCUGUCACGACCGUGUCGGCGCACACUGCGGGACUGGACCACCGCCUCGGGUACGUGCGUGAGGGCUACGACGCGGAUGUGGUCGUGUGGGACAGCUUCCCGCUCGCGCUGGGAGCGACGCCGAAGCAGACGUACAUCGACGGCAUUCCGCAGCUUGUCUCGCCCCACGUCGGUAACAAGCCGGCUGAGGCGCAGGAGAUCACCACCCACGGCGACUAUGCCAAGGAGGCUGCAGCUGACGUCGUGUCCCGCGGCGACCCCGACCUCCGACCUCGCAAGCAGGCUUCCAAGGUCGUCUUUGAGCACGUCAAGGAAGUGUACCUCGGCGAGCCGUUCGUCAACACCAUCAACCCCGGUCGCGUUGUUGUCAGUGAUGGGGAGGUGGUCUGCAUUGGACGAGAGUGCGUUGUCGCCGAGGACGCAGCCCAUGUCGAUCUCAAGAAUGGCACUGUGACGCGCGGUCUCAUCACUGCCGGCUCGCGACUCGGCCAUGAGGAGAUCGACAUGGAGGCGAGCACGGGCGACGGGCUUGUAUACGACGCGCUUGCCGUCAACUCGGACCUCCUCUCCGGUGUGCUAGUCCACGGCGUGGAUGGCGCGCAAUUCGGCACCAAGGGUGCUCUCAUGGCGUACCGUGAGGGCAUCACCACGGGCGUCAGCUGGCCCGGGGCGCUCGGCCCGGCGCGCUUCAUUGCCGGCGUGUCCUUCUCCUUCUCCACCUCGGCGCCGCACCCGCUCGCUCCCGGCGCGAUCGGCACAGCACGCGCAGCGCUUCACCUCAACCUCGACGACGAAGGCGCAGACAACAACCCGAGCAUCAGCACCAAGCUGUCCGUCCUCCGCCGGCUUCUUCGUCAGAAGAGCGUCGUGGAGGACAACGAGCUGGGUCAAGCGUUCGUGGACGCAGCGGAGGGCAAGCUGCGCCUAGUCGUGAACGCCAACUCGGCCGACCACAUUGGCGCGCUGGUCCGCAUCAAGCGCGACGUCGCGCCAGCGCUCAAGCUCACGAUUUUCGGCGGCGCCGAGGCGUACAUGCUCGCUGACGAGCUUGCGCGCAACCACAUUGGCGUAGUCGUCGCGCCUGGCCGCGCCUUCCCGUACGAGUGGACGUCGCGCCGCUUCCUCCCCGGCCCGCCGCUCUCAAACCUCACCCUCCCCGCCCUUUUGCACAAGCACGGCGUCAAGGUCGGCCUCGGGCUGGCGGGCAUCGUCGCGAGCUCGAGCACGCGCCUGACGCGCUUCGAAGCGGCGUGGGCUUAUGCCAACGCCCCGCACGUCUUCUCCAAGCGCGACGCCAUCGCGCUCGUCACUACCAACCUGGAGGAGCUUUUGGGUCUCAACGACGGUGCCGAGGUCGCGAGCUCGGGCAUUGUAGCGUACGAGGGCGACUUCUUCUCGCUUCAUGCGCGUGUGCGCGGCGUCGUGGGGCCCGGCGGUGGGGCCAUGCACCUUCUGUAG